AUCAUCAAAAUCUCUACUUGCCAAUGUGUUGGACAUUGAUGAUGACUUUCGGUGCAAUCAUCGCUGCGCCAGCGCAACGUUGCCACAUCAGCCGACCUACUAUCGCGCCAUGUAUAGGCAAGGCGAUGAUGGCAGCGUCGGCCCGGUGGGUCCUGUCGGCCCCGUUGGCCCCGUUGGCCCCGUCGGUGAUGCGCGUAUGCACGAGGCCAUGUCACACACCUGCCUCAGUUCGUCGGCGGAAUAUGAAUUGGCGCUUAUCCUCAAAGAGCUGCGAUGGAUAACAGAUCAGUUGAAGAAAGAGGAUGAAACGGGCGACGUAACGAGAGAUUGGAAAUUUGCGGCGAUGGUAGUCGAUCGCUUGUGCCUUAUAAUUUUCACGCUUUUUACAAUAAUUGCAACUUUGGCUGUACUCUUCUCCGCACCACAUUUCAUUUUCCCAUAAUUGAUGUCAGCAUUGCGGCAGCUUUUAAAAAUCUGGACUCUACACAACAACAAAUGUUUCAGACGCCAAAUGAGAAAGUUUCACGUUUUUUUUUAAGAAAAGCUUUGUUAUAUAUAUAUAUUUUUUUUAGUCUAAAUGCUAAAGAAAAACACUAGUUCGGCUUAUAUACUUUUAAAAAAAUCAGCAAUGCAUGUAUGUAUGUACGUUAAGAUACAAAAAAAAAAACAAAAUGUGCCUCAGUCAACGAACGAACAAGUGUAAUUUUAUGCCAGAAAUUGCAAAAAAAAAACAAUUAAUUUUUACACAAUAGAAAACGCAAUAAAAUGGAAAAUAUGUAGGCAAAUUCGCGCACAUAUUUACGUAAACUAAAAAUUAAGGUCAUUUGAUUUUAAAAUUAGUGAAAUUCAUAUAAAAAAUACUUUUGUUCCAUUUCGCCGUAUGCUGCAUAGUUUGUUGUAUGAAUUCAAUAUGGUUAAGAUAAAAUGCAAUAAAUAAGUGAAAUAUAUUUCGCUGUGAUAAGACAAACUUCGGUGAAGAAGAAAUUCAUUUCAAAGGUAAUUGUCAAAAUGUUAGACAUGCAUACUUGCAAAAUUUCAAAGCGCCAAAUUAUUUUUUUUUUUGAUUUCUGAUCAGCGUGGAACAAAUUUAAAAUCGAUUUCAUGAAAAUUAUUUGGUAAUGAGCGAAUUUGUUUAAUGGUUUGUGACUAUCUUGAUAAUAUUAAAGGGCAUUGUUAUAGGUUGCACAGAAACUAUAGGGCUCUCAGAAGUCGA